CUCGCUCGCAGUCAGUCUGCGUACGCGCUCAGUGCGCGCUCCUCAUUCCAGCUGUUUCUGCCGCUGGGCGCAACAAACGUUGGUGCACGACCGUCGUGUGUGUUUGUUGUGUCGAUUCUGUCAAUUUCUACGUCUGCGUUCGCUUCCUCUUUGCACUCUGUUUCACCUUUGCGCGUAUUGUGCGACCUGACGCAAUCUGCGAGCAUAAUUAAAUUGAACGCCGUUAUUGGAUAAUCACCACUGCGCGCCAGGGCCUACAAUUCGGAAGUUCUAAGAAGAGGCGAGCGUUGCCAUUCUCGUCCUGCUUCCAAAGCCUAGGGGAUACGUUCCGACAAUGGCGCAACUAGUAUCUGCUGUUCCUGCCAGCGUGCCACGAACACCUUGUAUGGCCUAAUGCAGGAAGUGCGCUUAGGGUUGCAGACGACGUCAUCACUUCGCACAGCAGCUGACGUCCACAACGCUGUUGAUAACGAUAACCAUAAUCCCGAACAAAAGCUUACUUCAUGCGAAAUGUAUGAUACCAGCAAGAGGACAUCAUAUCAUAGACAAUUUUACUUCUAUUUUACUACAUAAUUUGGUAUGGGUAUAUUAUGGUUUCCUCAAGUGCGACUAUUGCACUUGGCACUAUUAGCAAUAGCUGGCCUAACUCUCGUCUACGUCUACGUGCUGUCUUCGACGCCGGUGAUCAUAUCACCAACGCCAGCUCACUUCAUCCACAACUAUACGAAUGGACUGCUCCGUAGUGGUCCAGAGGACCUCCAGCCGCCGCCUGCGGUCGGCCACUCCAAUGAAACAAAACCAGCCAUAAUAGCUUCUAGUAGCAAUAGUUUAAGUAGUAGCAGUAACGUAAAUAGAAAUGCGACGACGGUGUCUGAUGUGCCAUCGUCGGUGCCGGUUGCGGCUGCCUCACAAAGUCAACCCGCUGUGCCCGACCUCACCCGCGGCGUCGCCGCCGAGAUCAUAUACGAAGCUGGUCACAAUGAUCCCAGUUUUGACAUAUGCCCGAAUUUCGGGAAAGAUCUUACGCUGCUCAUCGCGAUCACGUCGGCUCCUAGUCAUAUAAGUGCGCGCAUGGCCAUCCGCCAGACUUGGGGUCAUUAUAGCUCGAGACGUGACAUUGCCAUCACAUUUAUGCUGGGCACCACUUCCAAUGCCACUCUGCUGAAACAGAUCAAGCAGGAAGAGUAUUUAUACGGCGAUAUCAUCACAGGUAAAUUCAUCGAUACGUAUGACAAUCUUACAUUAAAAACGAUAUCGAUGCUGGAGUGGGUGGAUAACUAUUGCCCGAAAGUCUCGUUUGUGUUGAAGACCGAUGAUGAUAUGUUCAUCAACGUGUCGCGGCUUUUGCUUUUCAUCAGCAAGCAUAAACCUGAGCAACGUGUCAUCUACGGCCGGUUGGCGAAGAAAUGGAAGCCUAUUCGGAAUAAAAAGUCGAAGUAUUACAUCUCGCCGCAACAGUAUCGGCCGCCAAUUUUCCCUGACUUUACCACUGGCCCGGCGUACCUGAUGCCCGGCCGUCUUGCGAAGGAACUAUAUUCAGCAGCUUUAAAUCAUACCUACUUCAAGUUAGAGGAUGUUUUCGUCACCGGCAUUGUGGCGAGCAGCCUCAAAAUUAAGCGAGUGCACGUACCCGAGUUUCUCAACAAGCGUAUUUCGUUCACCGCGUGUUCAGUACAACGCGGCAUAAGCAUUCAUAUGGUUAAAGGUGCGGAACAGUAUGACUUGUGGAAGAAGCUGCAGGAUGGUCUCGCCAAGUGCAAAUAAACGAGGAUGCAAUGCACGGCCUAGGCAAUGAGAUUCAGUAACAACUGCUUCAUGAUCUUACAAGGGGAUAAUUCGGUCUUCCAUUAAUAUUGUGUUGCAGUUACGAGUUUGAUUUGUUUGUAAUCCAAGGCUUAUCAACAUAAUCGCCCUAGUCAUCAACAAUAUUAGUUUUUUUUUACAGAAGUAAUUUUAAAACAAAUUUUAGAUUUUUUCACUACAUUUAGUUAUUUCCUUUCAAUCAAAUUUGAGGUUAUUAUCAUUCUAUUCAUUUCAAUUUUUAUAUUUUAUAAUUGAUAAAUGCACUGUUAUGAUCAGCAUCGAUGUGUGUACCAAUCCAAACGUACACAUGAAUAUUAAUUAUGAUUUGAUGAAAGAUACUGUCAAUAACGAAAUAUUCCAAGAAUAUUAAUGGCCUAGAAUUCCUAAAAUGUUUGAAACAACAUCAGAAAUAAGCCUAACACACUUUUCACGCUUGUAUGGUGCAAAAUGUGUGAUACCUUGAAAACGAAAGUCUCUGGGAAGAAGGUGCAAGCAAUCGGGCUCUAACAGAUUUACAUUCUAAACGUGAGUAUUUUAUACGUUGUAUUUUAAAAGUAGGAUCAAACCAAUUGAUGAAUAGUCUUUCUAUUAUGAAAAUAAAGCGAAGACUCUAAAGCCCC